CCCGCCCACCCGGCCGCUGCCCCGCUCAGUCUGCGCGGGCCACGGCGGCGGCAUGGCUGGCGCGGACUUGCGGGCGGCGCUGGAGCAGCGGCUCGGCGCCCUGGCCAUCCGUACGGAGGUCGUGGAGCACCCGGAGGUGUUUACAGUUGAAGAAAUGAUGCCUCAUAUCCAGCAUUUGAAAGGAGCACAUAGUAAGAACUUAUUUCUUAAAGACAAGAAGAAAAAAGGCUAUUGGCUGGUGACUGUUCUUCAUGAUAGACAAAUUAAUUUAAAUGAUCUUGCCAAGCAGUUAGGUGUUGGGAGUGGAAAUCUUCGGUUUGCUGAUGAAACAGCCAUGCUAGACAAACUGAAAGUUGGCCAAGGCUGUGCCACACCUUUGGCACUCUUCUGUGAUGAUGGAGAUGUGAAAUUUGUUCUGGAUUCAGCUUUUUUGGAAGGUGGACACGAAAAGGUGUACUUUCAUCCAAUGACCAAUUCUGCAACCAUGGGAUUGAGCCCUGAAGACUUUCUCACAUUUGUGAAAAAGACAGGACAUGAUCCCAUAAUACUACGUUUUGAUGAAAACAACUAAUUGGGCUGAAAUUUAGGAUACAUUCAUUUCUGAAAGUGAUUUUCUUACUCGCAAUUUUUAAAAAGCAUUAAAAGUGAUAAUAUUUAGUA